AUGAGGGAGCUGGGGAUGAGGCGUGCGAGUCUCUCUGCCAGCCUGAAGAUAGGGGAUCGCUGGGGCUGCUGCCGGACUCCGGAGGAAGAGGAAGUCCACAUCCCGUUUGCGCAGGACAGCCUGGUAAAGCAAUGGAGCUCCAUGCAGAACGUGACGGACAGAAACCUGGAAAAAUGCAAGACUCCCAUCCAAAGGAACAAGUACUUGCUCAACAUCAACGUGGGUGGCACGUUGUUCCAGAUAGCUUACAAAGUAGCCGCCCGCUAUCCCGUCACCAGGCUCGGGAAGCUGGCGCUUUAUACGGACCCUAUGAAGAAGCUCCAGCUCUGCGAUGACUACUCAGUGCAGAAAAAUGAGUAUUUCUUUGACAGAGAUCCUUCCAUUUUCCACUACAUCUUCCACUUCUAUCGCAGCGGGGUCCUGUGGAUAAUGGAUGAGAUGUGCCCCAGUAACUUUGUGGAGGAAAUCGAGUACUGGGGGAUCCAUCUGAAAUACUCUCAACGCUGCUGCCGGAUCCUCUUUGAGGAAAAGCAAGAUGAACUCAGCGAGUACCUGAAAAUACAGAAGGAGCUGGAGGCAGAACUGGAGCCGGUGGACUCAGUGGAGCACUUUGAGGGCAAAUUUCUGGGACGGUUUCGGAAGGCGAUCUGGAACCUCAUUGAGAACCCGUACUCUUCUAUCCCAGCCAAGAUCAUUGCUGUCAUGUCGAGCUUCUUUGUGCUUAUCUCCAUCGUGGGCAUGACACUGAGCACAGUGGAGGAGAUGAAACACAAGACAGGGAAGAUGUGGAUGGAGCAGCUGGAGAUGAUCUGUGCCAUCUUCUUCACCUCUGAAUACCUCAUGCGGCUCAUCUCCUCCUCCAGCUUCAAGAACUUUUUGCGGGCAGCGUUUAAUGCUGUAGACCUGGUGGCCAUCCUGCCCUUCUACAUCCAGAUCCUCUUUGAAAAUCUGGAUGAAGGGGACGUGCUUUACCAUGAGGAACUGCACAAGGUGGAGAGCGUGAGCAAGCUGGGCAAAGUCCUCAAGCUCAUCAAGCUCAUGAGGAUCUUCCGCAUCCUCAAGCUAGCGCGUCACUCCACCGGCCUCCGGGCCUUCGGCUUCACCAUGCGCCAGUGCUACCAGCAGGUUUGCUGCCUCCUCCUCUUCAUCGCCAUGGGGGUCUUCACCUUCUCUGCUCUCAUGCAUUCAGUGGAACAUGAUGUCCCAGGCACCAACUUCACCAGUAUCCCCUACGCGUGGUGGUGGGCAGCGGUCAGCCUCUCCACUGUGGGCUACGGAGACACUGUGCCCGACACGGUGCUUGGCAGGAUAGUGGCGUUUGGCUGCAUCUCCUUUGGCAUCAUCCUCAACGGCAUGCCCAUCUCCAUCCUCUUCAACAAGUUUUCUGACUACUAUGCCAAGCUGAAGGCCCACGAAAACGAGACCAGUCAGUCACUCAAGCUCUCCAGGAAGAUCCGCUUGAAGGAGCGAGUCCUGCGGAAGCUGUCGGAGUGCUGCAGAGCUGAGCCCCGCUGUCACCACUGA